UCUCUCACACGCUAAAGGACAAACCGACGACGGCGACUUUCCCUAUGAUCUGAGUUUCUGAACCAAUGGUCUUCCCUGAAUUUCACGGGAAUCUCUGAUCGUUUUCCGGGAAAAUUAAUUAUAUCUUCUCUCUCCCCUACAUUGUUUACCAGAGCUAGAGCUGCUACGUGGCAGCUCGCCGGAAUCUCAAACUUCCAUUGUCGGAGAAGAAGCAAGUUUGGAGAUUGAUCCUUCGUUUUACAAAACAGAUCGAAACUCUUUUAACGUUUCUACUGCUACUCGUUCUUCAGCUAGACUCUGUUUCGGAUCUCUGUUUCGGGCGUAAUGGAUCCGACUUCUCGACCCGCUGUUGUCAUCGACAAUGGAACCGGGUAUACAAAGAUGGGCUUUACGGGUAAUGUAGAACCAUGUUUCAUUCUCCCAACGGUAGUUGCAUCGAACGAGUCUUUCUUGAGCCAGCCCAAGAGUUCUUUAAAGGGCUCUUGGGCAGCUCAGCACAACGCUGGAGUUGCUGCUGAUAUGGACUUCUUUAUCGGAGACGAAGCUCUCACGAAGUCACGGUCCAGUAGUACUUACAAUCUUCGUUAUCCGAUCGAGCAUGGUCAAGUUGAGGAUUGGGAUGCUAUGGAAAGGUAUUGGCAGCAGUGUGUGUUCAACUAUCUGAGGUGUGAUCCAGAGGAUCACUACUUUCUUCUCACCGAAAGCCCUCUCACUCCUCCUGAGAGCCGAGAGUACACUGGGGAGAUUCUGUUCGAGACUUUUAAUGUUCCUGGGCUUUACAUUGCUGUUAACUCGGUGCUGGCACUUGCAGCUGGGUACACAACAUCAAAGUGUGAGAUGACAGGGGUUGUAGUUGAUGUUGGAGAUGGGGCGACUCGUGUUGUGCCUGUUGCGGAAGGUUAUGUUAUUGGGAGCUGUAUUAGAACAAUUCCAAUUGCGGGCAAAGAUGUCUCCCUCUUUAUCCAGCAACUCAUGCGUGAAAGAGGUGAGAAUAUACCACCAGAAGAUUCAUUCGAUGUUGCCCGUAAAGUGAAGGAAAUGUACUGCUACACUUGCUCAGACAUUGUUAAGGAGUUUAACAAACACGACAAAGAACCAGGAAAGUAUAUUAAACAAUGGAAAGGUGUUAAGCCAAAGACUGGUGCACCAUACACUUGUGACGUUGGAUACGAACGAUUCCUUGGACCUGAGGUCUUCUUUAAUCCAGAGAUAUACAGCAAUGAUUUUACAACUUCUUUACCGGCUGUAAUAGACAAAUGUAUCCAGUCUGCACCAAUUGACACACGACGAGCUUUAUAUAAGAACAUAGUAUUGUCCGGAGGCUCAACUAUGUUCAAAGAUUUCGGAAGAAGGUUACAAAGGGAUCUCAAAAAGAUUGUUGAUGCCCGUGUUCUUGCUAAUAACGCACGUACCGGUGGUGAAAUCACGUCUCAACCAGUGGAGGUUAAUGUGGUGAGCCACCCUGUCCAAAAGUUUGCUGUUUGGUUUGGAGGCUCUGUGCUUUCAUCAACUCCUGAGUUUUUCGCGAGCUGCAGAACGAAAGAGGAGUAUGAGGAAUGUGGAGCAAGCAUAUGCCGUACUAAUCCGGUGUUCAAAGGGAUGUAUUAAAGACAAAUAGAAGCUGGUUCGUUAAAUAAUUCACCAGCAUAUGUGAAUGUUUGUCUGAAUGAAACACUCCAUUUUAGAUACUUGUAACUCAAGCUAUUUGGCUCUUUAGGUUUCAUUGAGUUUCUCAAUCAA